CAAGAGUUCCGGAAGGUAAUUCGCGCGCAAUGCAUUCUGGGAUAGUCUCACAAAAAAAGUGGGCACCAAGCGUGACAAUAUGGCGUGUGUCUCUGUAUUCAAUGCGUUCUUUGAAGCGUGUCUUUAUCUAUAAUACAGUCUUUUUGUUCUUGUAAGUGAUAUCAACUGGAAAAUAAUCUUCGUGGGUAUUAUAUUCAAAAGGUAAGUUACAAAUUUUAACUUUGUUUUAGCUGUUUUUAAGCUUUUAAUGGUAGUAGAUUCAAUCCUGCGCGCGAGUGACAUUCGCGAAUACAAGAACUGUCAAAAGUCAAAGAUUCUCAUCGUAUUUUUAUUACUUUGCAGCCGUUUAAUGACAUGGUCUUUGGGCACAGAAAUUGUGCAGUAUUUGGGUGCCAUAACAGUGGGAAAAAGCUUGAGAAAUGGGCUUCACAGCAAUGCGAAGUUCACGAUUGUUUACACGGCACUCCGCCAUGUGACUGUCCGCUGCCGUUCAAGCUAUUUCCGUUCCCUACUGAACGCAAAAACAAUGAGGGUAGAAAGCGCUGGAUCCAUCUUCUAAAGAGAAAAGGCCCGAAAGGAGAAGUCUGGCAACCUAAUAAUUCGUCGAGAGUCUGCAAUGAGCACUUUGUUGAUGGGAAACCCACGAAAGAAAACCCUGAUCCUGUACUCAAAAUGGGCUACGAGACAAAGUCUACUCGUAACCGUAAACCGCCUACUGAUAGAUCAUCAUUACUAGAAGAAAUGAAACGUUUAAGAACUCAAGAUAAUACUCAAGAUAACACACAAGAUAAUAUUCAAGAUGAUACUCAAGAUAAUGCACAUGAUAGUCAAGAUGCUCCUGUGAUUCAAGAACCAAGUAGUUCCUCGUUUAUAACAGAAGAAGAACAUUGUACUACUGCCGGUCGACCCGACCAUAUCACUCACGAUCAUGCAUAUUCGUUUGGCUGGUACAACCUAGAAGAUCCUGACUUCUGUAUGAAAGAAAAAUGCUUGCAGGAAAGACUCAAGCAGUUCAAUGAGAUCAAAGAUCUCAAAGAAAAACUCCAAGAACUUGAAAGUGAACUCAAAGCAUGUAAGAUAAAACUCAAGGCCAGACAGCGUAAGGGACUAGAACAUUCUGAUUUGAAAACAAAUUCAUCUGUUCGUCUACUAACCGGCCUACCAUCAAAACGAGUAUUCAAUAAGUUGUUUGAAGUAGUGAAGGGAAACAUUAAAAAAGUAAACUACUGGAGUGGCCCAAAAAAAUCUACUAAAAAAGGAAGAAACUUCAAAAAAACACCAAAUAAGUUUGGCCCUAAAAGAGCUUUGUCAGAAAAAGAUGAGUUUCUUUUGACCUUAAUGAAACUUCGACUUGGAUCAACAAAUGCUGACUUAGCACAGAGGUUUGGAAUUUCAACUACAAAUGUAACAAAUGUUGUUACUACCUGGGUGAAAAUCCUAGCAAGUGAACUUAAAUGUUUGGUUUACAAUCCCUCCAUCGAUGUUGUGAAAGCAACUUUGCCCGCAAAGUUUAAAAAGCCAGGCUACUCUAAUGUACGCCACAUCAUUGAUUGCACAGAAAUAUUUAUUGAAACCCCAAGCGACCGAAACCUUAGAGCAGCUACGUGGUCAGACUACAAGCAUCACAACACUGCUAAGCUGUUGGUAUCAAUAACACCACAUGGUUUUUUCAAUUUCUUAUCCAAAGCAUGGGGAGGGAGAACUUCAGAUGUGCAUCUGACAAGAGAAUCAUCAUUUUAUGAUAUCAUUGAACCUGGCGAUGAAGUGAUGGCAGACCGUGGAUUCACAAUUGCUGAAGACCUCUUAAUCAGAAGCUCAAGACUACACAUCCCCCCUGGUAAACGUGGACAAGAGCAGUUCACUAAAGCUGAAGUUGCUAAAACAAAAGAAAUUGCAAAUCUUAGAAUCUUUGUUGAGCAAGCAAUAAGACGGUUGAAGACGUUUAGACUGAUAAAGCAUGAACUACCAAUAUCACUGCUUGGCAGUAUAGACAACAUUGUACUUAUUUGUGCAGCCUUAUGUAACUUGUAUAGACCCUUGGGUAAAAAAUGAUUAACAAGAAAUGUACAAAUAGCUAAAAAGAUUGACAGCAUUUAACCCAUGAAAGAAUAUAAACUUCAUAAAUUUAGAGGAUACCAAUAUGUAUUAGUCUAAGUUCUUUCUUAGGUUAAAUGUUAUUCAAAAUCUCUGCUCUACUUUACUAGCAACUAGUAUAGAGUGCAAUCACUUAAUCUUUCAUACAAAUGGUACCAAAUAAUACUAAAUAGUGUUGAUAAUGGUACAUAACAAGAAAAUUAAGUAAUAGUAUGAUUUAGUACCAUUUAAUGCUUCAGCUAUUAAGUAUGUGCACUCUGAAUAAGAACUGUUAUAUUAUUUGCACCACAAGGACCUCACAAGAGAAAAAUUAUUCUGGUAGAGUGAUUACAAUCAUUAGAUAUAAUUUGUAAAUAUUUUUCUUCAUUUCACAGCUCAUGUGUCGCUGAACACAAAUAAAUAAUAUAUUAUUUAUUAUUACUAUAUAUAUAACUGCAAACAAUAUCAAACUGUAACAUUUUCAAUCAUACUGAAGUGUGGUCAAUGCAUUACUUGUAUAAAAUUUCAUGAUUUGAUUCAUCCAUUCCAGUUUCCACAACAGACAAUUUUACUGUUCUAUUCAGAGACUAUUUGAGUUCAAUUUAGAACUGUCAGACCAGUUUUUCCAGAUAUGAAAUUGUAAAAAUUCUAAAUUGUAUAUAAAAUGUACAAAUGUAUUUUUAGUGUUUACACCAUGUAAAUAAAGUUUUGUAUCAAGUUAUAAUUAACGAGCAUUCAUUCACUUAAAUACUUAUUAUAAAACCAAAUUAGGUUUUGCUUUAUCUUUUCCCAGUAAUCAUUAUUGAACUUGAUUAGCGCCAGAUGAUAACCCUUUUGGGUGUAGACCAGGAAGUGACACCAUGUUCUCUUUGUCACAGCCAUUUGUCCCUGUAUCUGUGCAAAAUAUGCAUGCUUCUCUUUCAAGACAAUUUUGCCAUUAAUCUUUACCAGGUAGGAAAGAUUGUCUUCUGAUGGUAAAUCAUUAACAAUAGAAUAAGGGCACUUCACUUCUAGCACCCCUAAUCCACAACAGGAACAUUCAACAAGCAGAUCAGGGGAUGCUCCAAUGAAUUGGUCAGAUUCAUCAAUAAAUAGUCCACACUCUCUGAAUUUUGCAUCUUUGUGCUCCCUCUGAAACAGUUUCACAUACUUAUCCUUAGCAACUUUCUCCAUGUUUCUUCCAUAUUUUAGAGCAGGUAAAUGUUCCGACGGUCCAUUACUUUUACCCUGGAUUGUGUCCACUAGUUCCUGUGCAUCACCCCCCUUAGUUUUAAGGGUUUCAACUUUUGUGUACACUCUAUAGAAAUUAGAGGCAGUUAAUCGGCCUUUUCUGUAAUCGUGCCAUGCCUCAUUCUCAGACUGACCAAUGGUGCCUUGUUCAAUCAGAUGUAUAUCAUCAGCACUUAAGUCUUUCUUUGAUGACUUAGGCAUUACACA